AUGGGCAGCAUUCGCAGCCGUCAAGGAAGCUACGGACCAACUGACGGACCAAGAUCUUCGUGCCCAUCUGUUCGACUUCCAGAGCUCUGUUACGCAGCGGAGAUGUGGGCAGACACCGCUGUCACGUCUAGGAAGCUAAUUACUACCCACAGAGCCGUUGAGAAAUGUCUUCUGAAGUUUGGCUGGCGCACACAACACCUAGCAGGUCUUCGCGGCUCCGACUUAAGAGGAAUGUCCCGUCUUCGCGACCCAGCGGAAUAUGUAUCGAAAGCAAAACAUAGAUGGGCCGGUCACAUGAGAAGAAUCGACGAUAGAUGGACUAAAAGAACGCUAGAUUGGAUCACAAGAGAUGCUAAACGCCCUCGAGGGAGACCGCCAACGAGAUGGGGUGACGUGUUCGCUACACGGAUGGACCAGCUGAGAGCUCAGGUGGAUACGGCAAGGACUUCGUCAACGUCACUCACAAAACGAGAACAUCUUGGAUGA